GUGUAUUUUGCAAAUUUGCUACAGGCAAGCAGAUUUAAAUGCAAGUGGCACGAUAAGGAGGAAGUAACAUGAGUGAGUUGAAGCAUGGAGCUGAUGUCAACGACCUUGAAGUUGGAGCAACCAAAAGAGAAAUUAAACUUACUUUGAAAGCUUUAAAGAAUGCUACAUUGAACAAGGAAUUUACAGUGUGACAGAUUUACAUGAUGGAUGAUUUCAAAAGAGCUUAUCUUCACCUCUGUAAAGAAUUCUGUAUUGAACCCCAAGAAUGCAUUCUGAAUCAGCUGCGUGAUCCUUGUGAUGGAAACUUAAGAAAAAAGCUGGAUCUCUCCACACAGUCUCUUUCAGUUGAUACAUGUGCAGUCCUGGGAAAGGUUUUAAUGAAUGACAUUGUGUUCACAGAAAUACUGCUCUGUGACUGCAUGCUGAAUGAAGAAGGUGCCAAGGUUCUGUUGCAAGGACUGUGUACAAAUACCGUGAUUGAAAUUUUGGAUCUUAAGGGCAAUAACCUGCGAGCAGCUGGGGCUGAAGCACUGGGAAAGCUGUUGCGGCAAAACAAGUCUCUCAAGAGGUUAAUUUUGGAAUGGAAUGCUCUUGGAAUGUGGGAAGAAGGAUUUUGCAUUUUUUGCGAAGGAGUGAGAGCCAACAAACACCUUAAACAUCUAGACCUACGCAAUAAUCAGGUCAACCACCAGGGUGCAGGGGAGCUAGCACAGGCCUUAAAACACAAUGAGACACUGGAGGAGCUAGAUCUUCGGUGGAAUAAUAUUGGCCUAAUAGGCGGGCGAGCUUUACUCAAUGCAUUACAACAAAACAAGUCCUUGGUGCGACUAGAACUAGCUGGAAACAAUAUUCCCAGUGACCUCUUAAAAGCCAUAGAGCAAGCAAUUGACCGUAACUCAGAUUGUCAGACAACUCUGAGAGAGAACAGAGUUCGAUCAAAAGUCCUCAGCAACGAGAUCCAGUGCCUGAAACAGGAAAAAAGCAAACAGUUCUUGAAUUUGAUGGGUGUAAUUGAUCAACAAAAGGAUGAAUUGUGCCGAAGCAAUAGGACUUCUGCUGUGCAAGUUGGACAGUUACAAGAAGCAUUAAAUGAGAGGAGUUCUAUCAUCAAUUCUUUGCGAGCAAAAGUACAAAUGUCAGAAGCUGCUUUAGCACUAUCGGAACAAAAGGCAAAUGACCUAAAAGAGCUCUUAGAGAAGGCAAGAAUGGAAAAUUAUGAGUUGAAAGAAAAUCAUUCGAAGGAGAGUAAAAAUGAGCGAGAGGAAGCUUGUAAACAAGAGGCAAAGUUGACCAGAGAAAUAAAUGCAGCAAAUGGGAAAAACCUGGAGCUCAAAAACAAGGUGGAUGAAUUAGAGCGACGAAAUAAAAAUCAGCAUGAUCAGAUCUGCCAUCUGAAACAAGAACUGGCCAACGUGACUGCUGAGAUGAAACUGAAAAUAGCACAAACUGAAGAGAAUCUGGAAGAUGAGAAGAAAAGAUAUAAACAAAUGGUGGACGAUGCAGAUGCUUUGUGGCAGAGGGAGAUGGACCACAUGAAACAACACUUGGAGGAGACACAGCGAGCACUUCAGGAAAGAAUUCACAAACUUGAAAACAUUAAACUUCAUCUGGAAGAAGACCUAAGCCGGACGAAGGCAGCUGCCAUAACUGAUCGAGCACAAGCUGAAGAGGAGCAAAUUAAGGCAAAGAACCAAGCACGAUUGGAAGAGCAACAGAAAAUAGUCCACUUGGAAGAGAAGCUUCAUCACAUUGCUCAGUCACGUGAUGAAUUCCAGAAUCGCUACAAUUCCCAAAAGCAAACGAUCACUGAGUUGCAAGGAAAGAAUAACAAGCAUGUUUUUGAAAUUGAAGGUUUAAAACGCCGACUUGAAGAACUACAUCAGGAGUUGUCGAACAAAGAUCAAGAGAAGGUUGCAGAGGUGAAUAAUAUACGCGUUGAACUCCAGGAACAAAUUGGCCAUCUGCAGGCAGAGAGAGCAGCAAGGGAAGGGCUCAAAGAGAAGAUUUCUGCCCUAGAGAGGCAGUUGAAAGUUCAGUCAAAUAGCCACCGAGAAGCCUUGUUGGAUAAAGAUAGUGAGAUUUCCUCCUUAUUGGAAAAAGUCCGUCUGAAAGACAAUGAGAUUAUGCGAAUGAGGGAGGAUGAAGCACAACGAGCUAGCUUCCUACAUAAUGCAAUUCUCUCCUAUGUGCAGGGUUCUCCUCUCGGCACCCAAAGUACAAAGAAAUGAAAUUUUACAGCAAAUGUAACAAAUGUGGACAACUAGUAAAGGGAGCCAGAUGUUUGUUUUCAAAUUUUGGAUUGUAAGUUAAUGCAUAAUUGCAGCUAGGAUGGAUUUGACAAAUUUCUUAAUGAAUCAAUUUUUGGUACAGGCAAAAUUAAGCAGAAUUGCACAGGAUAGAACAGUACUGAUCAAUGAAAUUUGUAAUGCAGUAUAUCAACAGAAAGGCUUCUAAAGAAAAUACUUUAAGAUGCAUUUUGAUGGUAUAUAAUCAGGUCUGAAAAAAGGUACUAGCCUGAGAAAUAUAAUUGUAAAUAUUUUUGUAGUGGUUCUAUGUAUAGACUAUUGGAGAUUUUUUGGAUUUGUGUGGAAUUUAAUCAGCUAGCUUGAUGAAAAGGGUGUGUAAUGCCUGUUGGAUCUUUAUAUAUGUUUAAAUGGGAUUAUGCUAAAAUUAGUUUCUUUCACUAAACUGUCAUUUUAUAUUCUGACAUCCAGAAAUCAGAAUUGGAAUCGUGCAAUUCUUAAAGCUACCUAUUAACGUUCAUUGAAUUUCUGUUAGGUAAUAAAAUAUUAUGUCCAGACAUGCUGGAUUUCACAGAGCUUGAAAAAAUGCUGAAAUGUGUAAUUUCUCUACCUAUUUUGUAUCAAAUUUUCCUGCACAGAUUACUUACAUUGAGGAUGAAAACCAGUGUAAAAUUAGUCCUACUGACAGAGGUGAUUAUAAAUAUGCUUGAGGAUGCAUGGCAUCUCACUUACGAGGUCCCUUGCAUCAAAUGGUGCUGUUCUAUAAUUAAAUAGAAUUAGGAAAUCCACAAUGGUUUAAAAAAAUUCACCCUGUUGAUUGGGGAGGGAUGGUGAGUGAAUAUAAUGAUUGGUGCACUAGAAUUUAAAGCAGUUUGGUUAAGUGUGGUGCAAAUGUUGGUGAGGAAAUUUCCAAUUAAAAUGGUGUCACACCAAUAUCAGAUGAUUUUAGGCUGUGUAGUCUCCAAAUUUUUGGGUAUACUUAGUAAGUACAUUAUUUCCCCAGAAAAUACAUAUAGGCUGUUUUGUGUAGCAUCAUUAUAUGGAAGAGAAAUAGGGCUAUAGCUAGAUCAUUGAGAAAUUCCUUAAGUAAUAUCAACAAGCUGGGGCAAAAAAGAUGUUCUGACUACAUUUGGAUAGUGCAAGUGGUAUCACCAAUCUGGAACAAAAAUAAGAAAGCUGGACACAAGAUUCUGCAGAUGCUGGAAAUCUUGCACAAUGUGCACAAAAUGCUGGGGUAGUUCAGCAAGUUGGGCAGAAUUUAUGGAAUGGAAUAAACAGUCGACAUUUCAGGCCAAGAGGUCAGACCGAUUCUAUGGAGGCAAAAGGUACAAGCCAACAUUUUAGGAAGAGACCCUACAUUAGGACUGAAAUGGAAGGAGAAAAAAAUUGUCAGUAUUUUGCAGUACAAAGAUGUGGGGGGUUGGGGGGAGAAUAGGGGCUGAUAGAUGACAGGUGGAGCUAAAUAGGGAAGGGAUGGGCAGGUGGAAUCGUGGGGGUGGGUGGGAAAUGUGAACAAAGGGAAAAUAAAAGUAGGUAGUUAACUGAGUUUUUGUGAGAGGAAAGCACUAGAGGAAGCCAUGCACCCUAGUAUACCUGUCUUUUUGUUGGCUCCAUGGAACAGUCAUAGUUAUAAGCUAUUUCCAGCAAACCCCUUUCCCCCACCUCCACCUCCAAAUCUUUUCUUCUCUGCAUAUAAAACAGCAUCCAUUCUGCUUUUUGCACUCAUAUAGAACUUGUCAUUUUCAUCAUCUUUGCCACUAACUUCCACUUUGUCCUUAAAUCUGUCCGAUACUUUUCUCUUUAUUUCCUUCACCUUUUAGUCGCCAUCUCAGGACAUCUUCUGAGGCUCUCACAGCCUCCUCAACUACACCUUUUCCCACCUUCCUCUUGUAAGGCUACUACCUAUCACAAUUUCUUCAUUUCUGGCCAGAUCAAGGUGAAACCGCACUCUGUGGAUUUUCCGAAACAUCCUCCUUUCUGCAAUCAUGACCUCUCUUCUGCUAUAGAUCUUGGAGCCACACACAUUUCCUUCAUUUCCCACAUGUCUACUCUCAUCUCUCUCUCCCCUGCCCACCAGUUUACACAUCCAACACGUUAUCUAUUGGCAGCUCCAAUGCAAUCCCACCACUGGUCAUGCUUUCUCCUCUCCUCACCUGUCUGAUUCUCUGCUCCCUUCAUCCUCGCCACCACCUUUACCAUUGCCUGGCACUUCCCCCUAUGAUCAUAGGAGGUGUUACACUUGUACAUUCACUUCCUCCUCUGCCAUUCAGGGACCUAAACAGCUAUACCCAUACCUAGUGGGCAGACAUUCACCUGCCCCUCUUCCAACCUGGUCUACUGCAUUUGGUGCUCACAUAUGGCCUCCUCUGCAUUGGGGAAACAAGCAAAGCCUAAGCAACCAUUUUGCAAAGUACUUGCACUCUGCUUUUGACAACCAUUUAAAGCUGCUUGUUGCAUGUUAUGCUUACCUCACCUCACUAUCUAAUACCAGCUUCUGUUGCAUGCCUCUUCCCCCCCCAUCUAAUUCUAACUACCCAAUAUCCCCUCCCAUAUGGUUCCAUUCGUCAAAUAACAAUCUCCUCCCCAUAAUGAAAUUAUUGUGACAAUCUUUGCUUUACCCUUAACCCAAACUGCUGAUUUGCACACUUUGCCUCCACAGCGUUGCUUGGCCUGAGUUUUUUUUUUGGUGCUGUGGUUGUUGUUCCAGAUCUCAAGAUCUACAGUCUCUCUUUUGUCCUUUGCUUCAUACCAGUGACAUGGACAAUAGUUGAAAUCCUAGGAGACACUAGUAUGCUUGACAACAUGAAAAACUACAUGGAGGUCAAGGAGCAUGAGAAAGGGUAAUGCACCUUUAACACAAUUGCAUGAGAAAACAAUUGUUGUUAUGGUUAAGCCUCUUUUGAUACCCAUGUCUGAAAACUAGAAAGUUUAAAUGGUGGAAGAAAAGGAAGGACAAUUGGUACAAAUGUUUCAAUCUCUUCAUUUUGGAACAAUGUUUUGAUGUCUCUAGAUUAACCACAGGCACAUUAGAAUGUAAUCUUUCGAAGUAUGGUC